AUGAGGAAUCGUAUGGAGAGAAACGAGGAAACGUCGAACCGAUUCUACGUUGUGUUAUUUCGGUCCUCCCAGCUUCACCGCGCAACUCAUCAGUCCUACAAAAUUUUGCAAGCAUUUUGCUUUUGUGUACUUGCUUGGAACCCGGAGGAGAAGGUCAAGGUGGCUCUGGAUCAGCUCCCUAGAGACGCUUCUGAUAUCCUCGACAUUCUUAAAGCCGAGCAAGCCCCUCUAAAAUCUAUGGCUUCUCAUCGCGGAAGAAAAGGAAAUCUAGCAAAUGGCAAAUGCAGGACUUCAAGGGGCACUGUAAUUGAGUGGCGGGUGUAGAUGGCCCCACGGGCUGUGGAGAUAAGCUUUGGGAUCUCGAUGCUAUAAUAAUCUCUUGAAUUCAAGGCUUGAAUAGGAGAGUUGCUUGUCUUCAAAGACUCAGGCAAAGGUAUUUUGUUUCACUUUUCCCUCUCUCUCUCUCUCUCUCCGUGCGUCUCUGGAGUGAUGACUGACAAAAGCAGAGUCAUAUUUCAUGGGCGGGUGGGGAGGGUGAUGGCCUGAUGGUUUAGAGGAUUAAAAGUGUACUGUAAUUGUAUGGGAUGUGCUUCUUUACUGGCUACUGAUUCAGUGGAAAAGCCUUUCAAGUCAUGUCUCUAAAACACUCUUUUUCUGAGUCUGCCAGACCCACGCUCACCCCACCAGUCCCACCAGAAGGUUCAGAGCAGAUGCAGACUAAUGCUCUGUUUGCUGUGGCCCCUUUACCUGAUGUUGACCUCACCCUUUCUGCGUGGUUGGUUUCAGUUUCCAUGACCAAAAUGCCCCUCUUCUCGUUGAAAAAUUUUUGUCUGGACCAUGGGGAUUAUAGUUUCAGCCAAUACAAUGCCAGUAAUAUAUUUUUAUAAA